AUGGCCGGAACCAGGCAAUUACCAAACGUUGAGAGGCUGAGCAAGUCAGUGGUGAGGGUCUUGGGACAGAAUCCCGGGCCAUAUACUCUGCAAGGAACCAACACCUAUCUCGUCGGCGAGCACAACCCGUAUAUCCUGAUAGACACCGGUGAAGGUCGCGAUACAUAUCCCCUCUUCCUGCGAGAUGCCCUGCUCGAUACAACCUCGACGAUCCACCCCGACAAGCCUCACAUCUCGGACAUCAUCUUGACGCAUAAGCAUCACGAUCAUUGUCUAGGCCUGCCCUCGGUGGUCCACCUAUUGCGCCAGCUAUGGGAGGAGAAACGCACCGCCGACAGUCCCUCUUUUCAACCUCCGCGGCUACACAAGUUCCCUCUGCACACGCCGUACGCGAAGCUGCAGACCGUAGUCGACAUGCUGAAAGCCAUGCCCGACACAAUCGUCCCUGACCCCUCCGGCAACACCUUCCACGAGCUCAGUCACAAGCAGACGCUUUCGGUCACCACAUCUGAGACUGACAAGUCGGCUUCCGUCUUGGAGGUUAUCCAUGCUCCCGGCCACACAGCAGACUCGAUCUGCCUCUACUACCCCGCGGAGGAAGCAUUGUUCACAGCCGACACCAUCCUCGGGCACGGCAGCGCCGUCUUCGAGGAGCUAGGGCCCUACAUGGGCACUCUCCAGAAGCUAGUCGACUUCAGUGAGAACGCCACCAAGUACGGCACCGUGCACCCGGGGCACGGACCUCCCGUGGAGGACGGCUACAAGCAGGUGAAGAUGUACCUGCAGCACCGCGUCGCGCGGCACGAGACGUGGACGACAUGGACGCUCGUAACGAAGAUUUAUGCGGAAUAUCCGCGCGAGCUUUGGGAUAGUGCGGCCAGCAGCGUCGAUCUGCAUCUGCGCAAGCUGGAGGCGGAGGGUCGUGUCGAGUGCCUCGGAGGUGAUGGCAAGCAUGCUCAGUGGGAGCUGAACGGUUGA